GGCUUUUUCGCUGAGGCGUCCAGUGCCUCGUCCUUCUCUGGGACCCUGGCCUCGUCAUCAAGGCCCCCUACGCCGCUUUGCCCUCGGUGCACAGGAGCCCCAACGCCCCCAGACUCUGUCCUGAGUGGAGAAGGCGCCCCAACGCCUAUCAUCCCGUCCUCGGUGUACAGGGUGCCCCAACACCCCCCGACUGUAUUCUUCACGUUCCAGGUUCCCUCAGCAUUCAGGGCCCCCCAAUCCGAAUGCCAUCCAUACGCUGUUAGCUUCAGAGCCCCACUGGCCCUGUUCUUGGCACUCAGGGCCUCCACUCAUCCUGAACUCUCUCGUCAGGCCCACUAGCGGGCUCCUGCCUCCAUGGACCUGUUGUUUGGGCGCCGGAAGACACCGGAAGAGCUGCUGCGGCAGAACCAGCGGGCCCUGAACCGUGCCAUGCGAGAGCUGGACCGUGAGCGACAGAAGCUAGAGACUCAGGAGAAGAAAAUCAUUGCAGAUAUCAAGAAAAUGGCCAAGCAGGGCCAGAUGGACGCCGUGCGCAUCAUGGCAAAAGACCUGGUACGCACGCGGCGCUACGUGCGCAAGUUUGUGUUGAUGCGGGCCAACAUCCAGGCUGUGUCCCUCAAGAUCCAGACACUCAAGUCUAACAACUCAAUGGCGCAAGCCAUGAAGGGCGUCACCAAGGCCAUGGGCACCAUGAACAGACAGCUGAAGUUGCCCCAGAUCCAGAAGAUCAUGAUGGAGUUUGAGCGGCAGGCAGAGAUCAUGGACAUGAAGGAGGAGAUGAUGAACGACGCCAUUGACGAUGCUAUGGGUGAUGAGGAAGACGAAGAGGAGAGUGAUGCUGUUGUGUCCCAGGUCCUGGAUGAGCUGGGACUGAGCCUGACAGAUGAGCUGUCAAACCUCCCUUCCACUGGAGGCUCACUCAGUGUGGCUGCCAAUGGGAAGAAAGCAGAGGCCGCAGCAUCAGCCCUAGUCGAUGCUGAUGCAGACCUGGAGGAGCGGCUCAAGAACCUGCGGAGGGACUGACCACUCCAUGCCCCCCAUGCCACCCCAGGGGGCCAGUGGAUGCCCAGCAUUUUCACUGUUCCCUUCCUGUAAUAAAAGAGAUUGGACACUA